AUGAAAGAUCCUACCAUUGCUGAUAUUGAUGCCCGACGACAGGCUGUUGGCCAGAUGAUGGCUCCAACAGCUGCCUAUGCAGACUCCGACAUGUUUAAGCUGCAAUGUUCAAGAGCUUCCAACAAACCGGCGGCAAGAAGAUGGGACAACCACUUGACGGCUGAAUCUUUGGCACGCGCUCCCGGUCUUCUAAAAGUCGCCGCAAGAUUCCUCAAAAGACCGGGAAUCAUUUCGCUUGCUGGAGGUCUUCCAACUCCUGACUAUUUCAGUUUCCGCUCUAUAAGUGCCAAAGUUCCCAUCUCGAGCCAGAGCAGCCUCCUCGAAGCCGAAUCGACAAUCACAAUGGGAAUACACGAUAUCGCUUCUGAAAACGCGGCGUUUGAUCUCUCGGUCGCUUUGAACUAUGGCCAAGCAGCAGGCUCGGCACAGAUGAUCCGUUGGAUCACUGAACAUGUGGAGCUGGUUCACAACCCUCCUUAUGCCGACUGGGAUACCUGCCUAACUACUGGAAGCACGGACGGCUUAUAUAAAGCAUUGAGGAUGCUCUGUGACAAAAACAGAGGUGAUUCGUGGAUGACGGAAGAAUACAGCUACACUACAGCCUUGGAGACAGCCAUUCCCCUGGGCAUUAGAACAGUCGGCAUCAAUAUGGAUGCAGAAGGACUCAUACCAGAAGCUAUGGAUGAAAUCCUAACCAACUGGGAUGUAGCGAAAAGAGGAGCAAGAAAACCACACGUGCUGUACACCGUACCAACGGGCCAAAGCCCAACAGGAUCAACACAAAGCGCAUCAAGAAGAAGGGCCAUAUACGGCAUCUGCCAGAAACACGACGUAUACAUCAUCGAAGACGACCCAUACUAUUUUCUCCAGCUACGUUCUCGCACUUCUGGUGGCCAACCUCCUCCAAAACUAUCCGUCGGCGAGUUUCUCGCCUCCAUGCCAACCUCAUUCCUAAGCAUCGACACCGACGGCCGCGUACUGCGCCUCGACUCCUUCUCCAAGAUCCUCGCCCCCGGCACAAGAAUGGGCUGGGUGACCGCCUCCGAGCAAAUGAUUGAGCGAUUCAUCCGCCACAGCGAAACGGCAAACCAAGGCCCCAGCGGCUUCUCGCAGGCCAUCGUAUAUAAGCUAGUCGAUGAGAAAUGGGGCCACACGGGAUUUCUAAAUUGGCUGCAGCGUUUACAAGCGGGAUAUACUGACAGAAGAGACGUCAUGAUGAGUGCAUUUGACAAAUUUCUGCCAAAGUUGAUUGUCAGCUGGGAUGUUCCAAGUGCUGGGAUGUUUUGCUGGCUCAAAAUCAAGUACAACUGCCACCCCAACUCGAAUAUAUACUCCCCGCUCGACAUUGAAGAAGAAAUAUUCUCAGCGUGCCUCAAAAGAGGUGUUCUCCUCGCAAAGGGCUCCUGGUUUAGGGCAGAACCGGAUCUGCUUCUUCAAGACGUCUUCUUCCGCCUCACGUUUGCAGCGGCGAACGCCGAGAGCAUAGAAGUGGCUGUUCGGGCUUUUGGGACUGCGCUUCGCACUAUUUUCGGAUUGGUUUAA